CUCUCUCUCUCUCUCUCUCUCUCUCUCUCUCUCUAUUAGAGGCAUGGUGGUGGUAGUAGAGCGCGUGAUAACGGUGGAGUACCUCGAACCGACGAUGUCGCGAGAGCUCCUCGUGAAGUUCCCCGACGCAGCGGCGCUCGGCUUCGACUACGCGCAGAGCGCGAUAUGGUCUCCGCUGGUCCCCCGAGGACGGCACGGCUCGCAGAAGAGGAAACUCUCCGGUGGCCGGCCCGCGGAUAUCCUCGGUUCCAGGAAGCUCAAGAAGGUGAAGGCCAAGCUGAUCAGCAAGAGCAAGAAGAAGCUGCUUCUGAACAAGAAGCUGGACUUCUCCCCUGCUCCAAGCCCCAACAAAAAGGGAUGGGGCAAAGCGUUGAAAGCAGCUGUGAAGCGGUUCAAGGUCCACGGCAAGUCUCCGGUGCAGAUGAUGCUACCCACUUUAUAAAUCAACGAAGUUAAAUACACUUUUCUUGUAUUUUGUUCCUUUUCCUAUUAUUUUGUUGAUUUAAUUGUUUUCUCCACGUACGGAAUAAUGUGCUUUAAUUCAUCAGUAGAUACUGUGUAUAUCAUAUUUGUUGGGCUCUUAUUAAAGAGUAAAGGAGUGGUGGAUUUGUAAAGAUGGUGUUGUGAUAUAGUAGUAGUAAU